GGAGCUCUUCGUUCCCUCAAAUCCCAAGCUCUCCCAUAGCUCUCAUAUUCCUUGUUCCUCUCCUCCCUUCUCCGUGCUUCUUCUGAGCGAUCGCUGCGAUUUCGUUUCUCUACAGCAGGGAUUUUAGAAGGCUUCAGAUUGAGAAGAAUGGGGAAAUCUGUGACGACUGGAGCUAUCUCCGUUCUCCUUUCCAACCCUUCUCCCGAUUCUUCUUCCGAGAUUCCAGAGAUCAUCGUGCAAGUCGUGGAUCUCAAGCCCAUCGGCAGCAGUUCUACCCGAUUCACAUUUAUGGCUAGUGAUGGGAAGGCAAAGCUCAAGGCGAUGCUUCCGAGUCAUUUUUCUUCAGAAAUCCAUUCAGGAAAUCUUCAGAACCUUGGACUCAUUCAGAUUCUUGAUUACACAUGCAAUGCCAUUCCCAACCAAACCGAGAAGGCUUUAAUCGUGACAAAAUGUGAGGUGGUUUCACCUUCUCUUGAAAUGGAGAUCAAAAGUGAUGUGGAAAAAGUUGAAUCUGGGAUUUUGUUGAAACCUAAGAAGGAUGAAUCUAGGAUUUUGUUGAAGCCUAAGCAGGAAGCGGUGUCCAAGUCAGCAGCUCAGAUUAUGCACGAGCAAUGCAGGAAUUCUGCUCCUGCUGCAAGAUUGGCAAUGACAAGAAGAGUUCAGCCUCUUGUUUCCUUGAAUCCUUAUCAAGGCAACUGGACCAUAAAGGUUCGAGUCACAAACAAAGGAAGUUUGAGGUCUUAUAAGAAUGCUAGAGGAGAGGGUUAUGUUUUCAAUAUAGAGUUGACAGAUGAGGAUGGUACUCAGAUACAGGCCACCAUGUUCAAUGAAGCAGCAAGCAAGUUUUAUCCUAAAUUUGAAUUGGGAAAGGUCUACUACAUUUCAAAGGGAUCUCUUAGGGUUGCAAACAGACAGUUUAGAACUGUGCAAAAUGACUAUGAGAUGAACUUAAACGAAAACUCUAUAGUUGAAGAGGCAGAUGGAGAAGCUUUCAUACCAGAGACAAAAUAUAACUUUGUCAAAAUCGAUCAACUGGGGUCAUAUGUUAAUGGCAGGGAGAUUGUAGAUAUAAUUGGUAUUGUUCAGAAUGUUUCACCAACUUUAAGUGUUCGAAGGAAGAGCAACAAUGAAACUAUCCCAAAGCGUGAUAUUACUGUGGCAGAUGAUUCGAGCAAAACUGUCACCGUCUCCCUAUGGAAUGAACUUGCUACAAAUGUAGGCCAGGAGUUGCUGGACAUGGCUGACACUACCCCUGUUGUAGCUAUCAAAUGCCUCAAAGUAGGAGAAUUUCAAGGUGUCUCUCUUUCAACUUUAAGCAGAAGCACAGUUCUAAUAAAUCCAGAUUUACCUGAAUCAGAGAAGCUUAGAACCUGGUACGAUUCUGAAGGAAAAGGUACUCAAAUGGCAUCUGUUGGCUCAACCAUGAACUCUUCAUCAAAGACAGGACUUAGGUCUAUGUACUCUGAUAGAGUUUUACUCUCUCAUAUUACGAAUGACCCAACCAUGGGUCAGGAUAAGCCUGUGUAUUUCAGCAUAAAAGUGUAUGCAACUUACAUCAAGCCUGAUCAAACAAUGUGGUAUCGGGCAUGCAAAACCUGCAACAAGAAAGUGACUGAAGCUGUUGGUUCUGGCUAUUGGUGUGAAGGGUGCCAGAGAAAUGAUGAUCAGUGCUCUUUAAGGUACAUAAUGGUAGUGAAGGUUUCAGAUCAUUCGGGGGAAGCUUGGCUCUCGGUUUUCAAUGAACAAGCAGAGAAAAUAAUUGGAUGCACUGCUGAUGAGCUGGAUAGGAUUAAAACAGAGGAGGGUGAUGAGAAAUAUCAACUCAAACUGAAGGAAGCAACUUGGGUUCAACAUCUUCUCCGAGUCAGUGUGACACAGUCUGAGUACAUGAAUGAGAAGAGGCAGAGGAUAACCAUCCGGUCUCAAGCAACAGUAGAUUUCUCUGCUGAGUCGAGAUAUCUGUUAGAAGAAAUAUCCAAGAUGUCAAUCUCUUCUUCCAACUAGGCUUUACGGGCAUGUUUUUUUUUGAUUAACAAUCUCUUUAAUAUAUGGAAGCUGCUGACUUCUAGAUCUUAUUUUUGGUUGUGAAGCUCAGACAUGGAAAACUCACUAGUUUUUGCUAUUCAUGUAUCAUAUGUUUUUUCAGAAGCUAAAUCCUUCCUGAUGUUUUGGGAUCA